CGACGAUAGUGAUUAGUUGGACGUUCCCAGAAAUGAUGUAAAUCUAGUGAUAUGAGGGAGACUGACGAUUAAUUUAAUUACAGUUCUUUCAACAAUAGAUGUCAGCUGCAACGCUUACCUGCUCCUAGCCUGUCUGAUGGCUUCCUCGCCAAUAAGGAGAUCCACUCGCCGACGGACUGCGGUUCCAGAAUACACCACUGACGUCUUUGAAGUUACUGGGCUUCAGGUCGGGUCUUCAGAACCCGAGCAAUUAACCAGCGACGAGGAAGAAGAAACCGAAAUAUCAAAUGUCGUGGCCACAGGACGCCGGGGUGCAAAGAGGAGUGUUCGCAGGGGGACGCGACGUAGGGACGAUGAAGCGUAUGAAGAGCAAGACAAUGAUGCUGAACGCAUGGUGGAAGAAGAUGAUAUAGUUUCUGCUUUGGGGUCGGAUUUGGAAGAAACAGACAAGGCACGAAAGGCCCGAUCAAGGCCAGUUGGACGCGUCGAUGAACAGGAUCCUAUGGCUACUCAUUCAAGAGGUCUUUACAAGUCAUCAGCCCAUGGCGCUAAAGUGACCUAUCUGAAAUUAACGUUCGGUUCUAGCGAUGAGGAUCUGUUGCCCAUGGUAUAUACAAGGGUUAGAUGGACAAAACGUAGGGAUGUGACAUUUCCCAGUAGUGAUACAUUACGGGAAGCGUUCAGCAUGACUAUUGAUGAAAUCGGAGCCGCUUUUGGCGUGAGCGGUGAUAUGUUGCGAAAGGAGGCGACCUCUGGCUGGGAUUGGUAUUAUAAUGAAAAUGCCAGUGACCGGUUUCGCAAAAGACAACAAACAGUGAGCAUCACAGCUGUGGAAGGAAAACGAUAUAUACCCCGACCGGGGACGAAAAAGCACACUGUGAUAAUUGGACCUGCAUCAUCUCAGAAAGUCUAUGAGCUGGAUGUGGGCCAAUCGCUGGACUUUGGGCAGUCAUGGAGUGAAAUCAGGCCAAAAGGCGAAAGGCCAGGGCGUCCGAAAAACCUCGGUAAGCAAACCCCCGAGGUGGUGGGGACUGAAGAUCCUCUAUCACCUGAAAGUGAACUCGCGUCGGGGAUACCGAGUGGUUCUGCAACCCAGUCGCGAAGAACUCGCGAAGGGUGGAUUUUGAAUUUGGGUAACAAGAUUCAAUGUGUAUCUUGGGCACCAAACUGCACGGGUGGUUCGCAAUAUCUUGCGGUGGCUGUCCCAAUAUCGGGUUUGCAGAAACAAUCGCUGGACCUUGUGCCUCAGGGACCUCCGGCUUUUAUGCCUUCCCCGCCAUAUCCAUCUGCAAUACAGAUUUGGUCCUUUGAAUCUACGAAAGAAAAUAGCGAUGUCCAACAACUUGAUAUGGCUGUCAAGCCGCGCCUACGGCAAGUAAUAUGCACCGAUGCUGGCGAUAUCAGACGCCUAUCCUGGUGUCCAAUGGGCCGGGAUAAGCGAGAAGGAGAUGAUACUGUUGAGGGGCUCAAUAUCGGUCUUUUGGCUGGUGCAUGGGGAGAUGGGAGCAUCAAAGUUUUGGACGUGCAAUUAAAGAAGUUGACCAGCGAAACGGAAUAUGUCCAGGUCCACGUUCCUGCUUUUGAAGCCAAACUACCAUCGACACUUUGCACCUGCUUUUGUUGGCUGUCGCCGAGCGACCUCGCUGUUGGCACCGCCAGUGGGUUUGUUGGAGUUUGGAGUCUCUCAUCGCUAUCUGAUGCCAACGAAUCAGUGUCAAAUCCUGCACCAUACAUAUAUUUUCCAAUUCAUACUUCCUAUAUUCUCAAUAUAACGUCAUCGUAUCCAACACAUCCACAUAUACUUGUCACCACUGGAAUGGAUGGUAAAACGAAACUCUUUUCCCUCCUGGAUCCGCGAGCAGAUGUAACAGAGACUUCACGUUCACGGGUGGGAUCAUAUGAAGUAUCAUAUUCGCCCUUCUUGCGAACGUAUAUUUGCUCCGAUGACACUGAAUUUAUCCGCAUCCAGCCACUCCGACGGUUUUUCUCUACAUCCUCCAUAUUACAAACGUACGAUCUAGUAUCUGCCAUUACCCCAGCGACUCUAUGCCACCCAUGCUUUUUGGCCGGUAAUGUAAGCGGCAAUGUCGCGGCCACGAAUCCACUUCGCAGGUUGAUGAGUCCCAAAGAAAAGACCUGGCAACAAACAUGGUUUAGCCAUCAAUGGAUUCCAAAUAAGCACGAAGAAGUUAGCGUUGAGCAAAAAGACGGUGUUGUGGGACCCGGAGUUAGCAAAUUUUAUGACGGGUUUAAGGCAGAAAUACCUACACUAGUGAGAAAGCUGACCGGGGAUAGGAGGAUGGGUGACGGGAACCUUGCGAUUGCGACUUUUGAAGAGAAGACUGCGGUUACUGCGCUUAGUUGGAACCCGAAUAAAGCAUGUGCGGGCUGGGCAUGUGCUGGGCUGGGUUGUGGUUUGCUCCGCGUUGAGGACUUGGCCCUUCGAUGA